AAAAAAAAAAAAAUAGUAGGAACACACAGAUUAAAAAAUUUAGGCCAAUGUUGACGUCCGAUAUUUUUCCAUUGUUGGAAAUUCCUCCUAACUUUAUAGUUCACUCUGAAAUCAUCUGAACCUGAUAUGAGCGUUUAUAUCAGGUGAAUAAAUAGACCAUUGGUGAAACAACUAUCAUAAUCACUGAGUAUGAAGUCAAUAAUCACCUCAUCAGCAAUAAAUACAAACUACAACUAAACGAUAAAACAGAAUCAAAUAUAGAGGCAAUAAAAAUUAUAAAAGCUAACAACCUUUCUUUGUAUUUUACUGAAAUAGGACACAACGAGAAGAAAAGUGUUCUAAGCAAUGGUUAAAAAUGAUUAGUGUUCUGACCGGUGCUCAGAACAAGGUUAGGCGUUUCCAUGAGCAACAUUCUAAUUUUCUAUUAACUUUUAACAGAGCAGGGUUUUUCGGGGUUUCGGGGUUUUUUACCCUCAAACCCAAACUGACCAUGACUCAGACUGGUGGCAGGAAAAAUGGUCUGAAAUGUUGAUGGAGUUCCAGGUCAUUAUUGAUCAAAUGCAAACCGUUUCCAUGUCGCUUCAAACCCAACCGUGAAAACAAAGAGCUUUACUUCCUGCUUUGCCCGACUAGGACAGGUUCUGCUUGUUGCCUGGUCCAGAAGCGGAGCAUGUCCAGGAUCUCAGCUUGUAGGUGCAUCACUGAGAACAAGAGUUUGUCUCUAAGACUAAGAAGACUGAUAUUAUUGUUUGUUAUUCUGGAUGAUAGAACGGAAAUUUGGAAAAUGUUCACUUCAUUCAAAGUCCUCUUUCUUUCAUAUUAGUUAACUAUAUGUGAGUCAGCCAAUACAUACAUUUUAACACUUUAAAAUGAAACGCUUUUUUUCAACCAGAGUCUUUAUAUUCACGCGUUUCUGGUACAUCCGUAAAUCUGACGCACAUGCGACGUUCACUAACAACAGCGAUGGAUUUUACUUCAAAACAUAAUCUGAUGUGACACUGGAAAAGACUGUUUUUGUGUUCUAGUUGGGCUAACAGUAAUUAGCCAGCUAUUCAGCGAAGCUAUUCAGGCCUAAAGUAGCAUGUCAAUGCUAACCAUGUAGCAGAAACACAUUCGUCCCCAAAUCCAACGUCAGCGUCCAGAGUUCACAUUUCUAAAGAGGUUCCAUGAAUGAUCAGAUUCAGAUUUAACCGUUUUCAAUAUUGUGUCCAUUUGAAAACCUUCAUCUUGGCUAUGCUAGGUGGCGCUCAAGUUCACUGGUCCCACAGAGAGCAGAGUUCAUGGUUACAUCAAUUUACAGCACAUUGUCCGGGUACUGAAGCAGCAAAGCAGCCCCAGCGUGAUGCACUGGGGCUGCCACUACCAUGUUUGACUUUAGGUACGAUGUUCUGUUUUUGGCAUAAAUUCAACAACUGUAUAGUUUGCUUUGCUGUGCAAUGACUUUGUGCCUUGAAUUCUCCUAUUGAGGCCAUUUUUGCCCAGAUUCUUGUUGAAUCAAACACGGCAACCUUAACUGACCCCUGCAGUGCUUCAGAUGUGCUUUUUUUUAUUUUUAUGACCCCCUGGAUGAAUUGUUGAUGUGCUUUUUUAGUAAUAUUAGUUGGCUGGUCAACUCUUGGAAGACUCCCCACUGUUUCAUGUUUUCUCCAUUUGCGGAUAAUAGUUUUCACUCUGAUUCACUGGAGUCCCAAAACCGAAGACAUUCCUUUGGUACCCAUUUCAGACCAACAGAUUUCAAUGAAUUUGUUCAAUGAUUUCAUUGAACAGAUGAAAUCAUUCAAUGAAAUAAUUUAAUUUCAUUGAAUCAAAUGAAAUCAAUAAAUAGAUCAAUAAAUUUGUAUCUAUUUUCUAUAGAUCAACAUUUUCUAGAGAAAAUAGAUCAAAAUUGGAGGUGUUACUUUUUGAGAUUUGUUUAACCAUCUUAAUGUUGUCGAGACACAUUACCGAUUCUACAGAUCUUGUCUGGUUAUGGCUGGUAGAAUGUAAGUAAUUCUUUUCACAGAUCAGAUCUAAAAUAUUCAGAGGGAAAUGCAACUUGGAGCGUUCAAACACAUAAGUGCAAUGCUACUUGACAUGCUAUUGGUGGAGCCAAUCCAGGGAUGCCAUUUUGUUUCCCUUGGUGCUGAUUGGCAGAACCCCCGAGAGCAGAGACCUGGAGGUCUGCAUAUGUUAGCGUCUGUGGUACUGCUAAGAUUAUUUUCCAUUGUGUGUAUUAUCACAUACUGAGGUAAAUUUGGUGCUGAAACUUCUAAAAUAGACAGAAGUGUUUUUAGAUUUUAGAUAAAUGCUGGAGUCUACAAGCCCUGCAAAGACCAGAGAUCCACUGUAUGUGAUGGAAGACUAAAAAUAAGUUAAUAAAUACAAACUAGUUUGUGAGCCGUAGUGUAGCAGAGAGCAGGGGGGAGGAGGCGAGUCUGUAGAGAUCACCCAAUGAGGGAGCAGAGCCCACCUGGAUGUGGGGUACAAACAAAUAUUUCCACAGGAGCCUGCAGAUGAACCGAGUGGACGGUUUACGUUUCACACUGAACACGACGAAGACACCACCUAACUGAUUGGUUUGGGUCCAAAUGACAAUCAUUAACUCUGCUCUUUUUUAAUCAUAAUUAGAAAUGGACCAGAUAAAAAAUAUGAUAACACAAACAUGGAGCAAUAAAACAGCAGACUAUAAUAAGGCGCCACCCUUCUGCAUUCAUCAUAUCCUCCAGGCUUCCUCUGGGCAGUGAUCCACUGCAGUUGGUUGGUGAAAUUUCAGUUCAGAACCUCUGAUAUUUUGCAGCCUCAUGUUGUUUAGCUGAUUUGAGGAGGAUUGGUAGUUUUGUAGUGGGACAAAUGAUGUCAUAUAUUAUGAUAUAUCAUCCUUCCCUAAUAGGAGCAGCGCAGAUGUUGGCUUCGGAAAUAACCAUAACACACAGAAGCUGUGUUCUAAAUUCUCAAAAUCUCUUUAAAAAUCCACUAUUGACAUUUUGGACCAUAAACCGUUAGUGUCAGGAAAACAUUUCCACAAUAUCCAUCUUCUUUUCUGCAAUGCCUCUUGAAAAUAUUCAAACCCCUUGGACUGCAACAGCUACAAACUUUGAUGUAUUCAUUGGGACUUUCUGUGGUGAACCUUUACCAAGGUUUAAUGCUGAAGUGGGAGGAAGUUAAGGCCAAAUUUCUGAGGAUUUUUAUAACUCAGAUGAACUUUCUGUCCAUGAAGACCAAAGCUGAACAUUCCCACAGUAAAGCAUGGUGGUGGCUGCAUCAUGCAGUGGGGAUGCUUUUCUUCAACAGGGACCAGGAAGCUGAAGGACAAUGACAUCAAACACACAACCAGAGAUAUACUGGAAUGGUUCAGAUCACAACAUAUUCAGGUGCUGGAACGGUCCAGACAAAGAUCAGACCUGAACCCAAUUGAAGAGCUAUGGCAAGACUUGGUGGGAAAAAAAAUGAUAGUCACACUCUCUGUCCAAUCUGAAUGACCUUGAACUAUUUAGCAAGAGAGAAUGAGCAAAAAAUUCUGCCUGACGUGCAACGCAGACAACGAUCCACCAACAGGGACUUUAAGUUGUUGCAGGAACCGUGAAAACAAAACGCACAGCUGACAUUCAUAAACUGUAUUGAUUUGUUUGGUCUCUUUUAGCAUUUUAUCAUUUGGGUUGGUAUGUUUUAUCUAUUAAUGAUACAAUAAACUGCUGUCUUAUCUUCCUAAUCUACAUGUGAACCCCUCCUCAGGGACCUUUAUUCCAAAUGAUCUCAGAUAAAACUAGCUGUACGGUACUUCACCCUUGUUUACCUGUAAUCAAGACGCUUGAUUACAGGUCUUGAUGGCCCCCAUCUCCUUGCAAUAAAGUCUCCUCCCUCACAGGUCUGCGCCUGAUUGAUUGUUUUGCCCACAGAUGAUAAACUAUGGAAAAGAAGGCCUUGCUUACCUCCGGACAGCAGAGUACCGUCUUUCUUUCCGACAAAGAGGAGGUGUACAGGAUUCCUGCUCUGCACUAUGACCAAGACCAAAAGAUUCUGCUGGCCUUUGCAGAGAAGCGGAGAACUUCAAACGACGCCAGCGCAGAGGUGCUGGUCAUGAAAACGGGAGCGCUGGUCAAAGACGAAGCCACUCUUGAAAUAAGUGUUAAGUGGUCAGUGUCCAGAAACGUGGUGGAGAAGGUCCAUCUUGGUGGAUUUCGCCCCAUGAAUCCGUGCCCAGUCUACGAAAAGACAACCAAGACACUCUUUCUGUUUUUCAUCUGUGUCGAAGGCAACGUUUCAGAACCAUGGCAGAGGUUCUGGGGCGUCAACAAGGCCCGUCUCUGCUACAUGACGACCAGAGACGCCGGUGAGACCUGGAACUCGGUCACUGACUUGACAGUAAAUUUUCCUCAGACCAAACAGUGGGCAACGUUUGCCGUUGGUCCGGGUCACGGCCUCCAAACAGAAAGCGGUAGACUGAUCGUUCCGGCCUACGCUUAUGUCUCUCGCUUCCCCUCGUGCUUCUGCGUGUCGUGUUUUUUCGCCGUCUCGCGCGCGUUCUGCUUCUACAGUGACGACAACGGCGCCACGUGGCAGCUGGGCAACACGCUCGACGACAAAUCGGUCGAAUGCGAAAUGGCCGAGGUUUCGGACGGCAAAGGCACCAGGUACGUUUACUGCAAUGCCCGCAAUGAGGGAGGCUACCGAGUGGAGGCGGUCAGCGACAACGGGGGAGAGGAUUUCCUCACCCUCCCUCCUGCUGAGAAGCUCGCGGAAACAGGCGGAGGAUGUCAGGGGAGCGUGGUCUCCUUUCCAGCUCAACCUGGAGGGUCUGGUGCAAAUCAGGAGCCACGGUGGCUGCUUUACUCCCAUCCGACCAGUCAGUCCACAAGAGUGGACCUAGGGGUGUAUCUGAACAAAUCCCCGCUGGAUCCAAGUGCAUGGAGCAACCCCUGGAUCCUUAACGAGGGUCCCAGUGGUUACUCUGACCUGGCUUACCUUGAAGGCGGCUGGUUUGCAUGUCUGAUGGAGCGUGGAGAAUCGUCUGAAAUUGAACAGAUAGCAUGCAAUGUCUUCAGCUACAUUCAAGUAAAAAAAGGUAUUGAAAACUAAUGUUUUCAAUACCUCACUCCUUAAAGGGAUUAACAUAAGCCUAGCUACAACGUCAUUAAAUCAUUUGCUGAUGACAUGAAGAAAUACUCUGAUUACAUUACUCUGCUGGCAUUUUUAGAUGCUUUGCCAAUUAAUUGACGGAGGUGAAAAUCUCUUUCUUGUUUGAUAUUCAUCUGACAUUUUCUAUACUUCCAACUGAUUGUCAACUACAGGCAAAGACAGAUAAAUCAAUGUGUCAAUUACCAGUGAAAUAACUUGUUAUAAAACAACACAAGUAUUUUACUCAUUAUGUUUUAACCCUAAAAUCAAACCCGAUCUUUGCUCAGUGUAAGGAGUUUUCCUCCAGGGGCUUUUUGUUGACACACUGGGAUUUUAGUGAUCUCUUCAAAUUGAGAAGCUGUUUGUCUUGAUUCUUUGUCUACUGGAAAGAACCCACUGAUCCCAGGAAUAAUCCCGUUUCACUCUGGGUCCAUGUUGAACACGCAAAUUCUAAAGUCAAAAAUGAAUCAUUUCUGCCUUUAGAUGCUGGUGCAGACAGAUUAAUAUGCUAUAAUCCUAACAGACUAAAACAGAAAAAGAAAAAGAAAAAGUGACUGGACAGCAUCCCAUUACUUCAGAAACAUAACUCAUAGACACAAUGAGAUCUUUCGACUACAGCUCAACUAUUACUGAUAACUAUUCAGAAUCUCACUUAGGAAAAUAUGAGGUAACAGAUUUAAAUGGUGUUUUUCACAUGUAUUGUUUUACAUCAAUGAAUAGUGGGAGAAAAGGGUUAGAGGUGUGAUUAUGUUUCAAAUGUGUCGGGUUUCCUGGGGAUUUUUAGGUAUAUUUUUGGUCAUCUGUUGAACUUUUACCUUCGAUCAAACUUUGAUGUGAAAAUAAAUAUCCAAAUAUGAUGUAUUCGAGCAUUUAAGUGACAUUUAACUGAUGAAUAAAGUGUUAUUUUUCUUUCUA